AUGGCGCACACGCUGGCGGACUCGCUGAACGACGCGCUGGGCGACAUCAUGAUGCGCGAUACGCUGGGCGACGCGCUGGGCGACACGCUGGCCGACGACGAGUCGGAUCGCUACGCCGCCGCGUCGGCAGCGUCGGCCGCCAGGCGCCGCUCGUCGGACUGGGUGCCGGCCGCCGGCACGCCCAUGAGGGCCAUCAUGGACGGCGCCACGGUGCCCACGCUGCCGCGGUACAUCUUCAAGGCGCACGAGAUGACGCAGAGCGUCAGGAACAUCCUGCAGGAGUGCCUGCACACUGACGUCAUCCUGGUGGCGGCCGACGAGGAGGUCCCCGCGCACAGCAAGGUCCUCAAGGAGCACGGCGGCGCGCUGUUCGCCAUGGCGGAGGCGACGGGCCCCGACGGCCGCGUCCCGCUGCCCGACAUGUCCGGCGAGGUGCUGCUGGAGCUGCUGCGCUUCGUGUACACUGCCACGGCGCCCGCGGUGGGCCGCAUGCCGCGCGCCCUCAUGGCGGCCGCGCACACCGCCGGGCUGGCCGAGCUCAAGGGCCGCUGCGCCGAGGUGCUGGUGCAGCGGCUCGACGUGCACAACGUCACGGAGAUCUUCGAGCUGGCCGACAAGAACGAGGAGGAGCGCCUGAAGCGCGCGGCCGCCGUGCUGUUCCUGGAGAACGCCCAGGAGGUCUACGAGACGGAGGAGUGGCACGCGGCGCUCGACCUGCGGCCCGCGGCCGUCAUGCGCCUCGUACACAUCGCCGUCACCAAGACCGCCACGGACUUCGGUUCCCUGAGCACGGGCACGCGCAUCGUGCACCUCAUCGCGCGCAUCUACAUGGUGGCCAUCGUGCCCGUCGUCGGCUACGUGCUGUACGCCACGGUGCGCAACAAGCUGAAGGCCUUCAAGGAGGGCAACAGCACGGCCACGGUGCCCACCACGGCGGCCGAGGUGGUCACCACGGUGGUGGCCGCCGUCAACCAGAGCGCGGCCGCGGCUCUCGGCCUGGAGGAGGACGACUUCUUCGCGUCAACGAAUGACGAGCUCUAGACGCGAAGGCUGUUUCAUUAUUUCGAUUUGUUGAUGUUGUUGUUGUUGUUGUUACUGGUGUCAGUUUUUAUUGGAGAGAUGUUGCGGACUGCCACGGCCGGAAGACCGAACUGCGUCGCUACCCCCGCCGCCAGCACUCUCCAACGAUCCCCAUGGAGUGUCUGCCGCACGGGGUCGCGACAGCACCGCAGUUCGAUUCUUUUGUCCGCGCCGCCGCAGCGCCGCAGCAGUACUGGGAGCACCGCGCCAUUCCCGCGCCUGUCGAUGCCGUGGACGUAGGAGGCCACAUUCCGCGUUGUUGUGUCUUGUUGUUGUUUUUCAGAG